AAGAAUUAAGAAGCAGAGUUGAACUUGAACAGAAAAGCUUUCUCCUUUUAUGUGAUUUACAAAGGAGAAAGCUUUACAACCUUUUGUUUGUUUCCCAAGAAAAUAUUGGAUCAGUCAAAAGAAAACAAAUUUGUUAAAUGGGUGUCGUUGAUUACGUAAAAUCAAUUGGAUGGGAAUCUGAGUCAUAUCCAGCUUAUGAAGAUUACAUUGUUCUGCCUUUAUUUGCUCUCUUCUUUCCUACUGUUAGAUUCUUUCUUGAUAGAUUUGUAUUUCAGAAAGUAGCAACGCGACUAAUUUUUGGGAAAGGGCAUCAAAUAGUGGAAGCAGAGUCACAGGAGAGAAAGAAGAAAAUACAAAAAUUCAAGGAGUCAGCUUGGAAAUGCGUGUAUUUUCUUUCGGCAGAGGUUCUGAUUCUAACUGUUACUUAUAAUGAACCUUGGUUUACUAAUACCAAGUGUUUCUGGACAGGACCGGGAGAUCAAGUCUGGCCAGACCAAAAAAUGAAGUUAAAACUGAAAGCAGUUUAUAUGUAUGGCGCUGGAUUUUACACAUACUCCAUUUUUGCUCUGAUAUUCUGGGAAACGAGGCGUUCAGAUUUUGGGGUGUCUAUGAGUCAUCAUGUCGCAACAGUCAUUCUCAUUGUGCUCUCCUACAUACUCAGAUUUGCUCGUGCUGGUUCAGUUGUCCUAGCUCUUCAUGAUGCAAGUGAUAUAUUUUUGGAGAUAGGAAAGAUGUCCAAAUACAGUGGUGCUGAGGCAAUGGCUAGUUUUGCAUUUAUUCUAUUUGUUAUAUCUUGGCUCUUAUUGCGGCUCGUUUAUUAUCCAUUCUGGGUCCUAUGGAGUACAAGCUAUGAAGUUAUACAGACUCUGGACAAGGAUAAGCAUCCAUUGGAAGGUCCAAUAUAUUAUUAUGUGUUCAAUACUCUUCUAUAUUGCUUGCUUGCGCUUCACAUUUACUGGUGGGUCCUGAUAUGUCGGAUGCUUGCCAAGCAAAUCCAGGCAAGAGGUCAGCUCAGUGACGAUGUUCGUUCUGAUUCUGAAGGUGAAGAUGAACAUGAAGAUUGACCAUACACAGUAAUUAUAAUUUCGACAGGGCACUCAAAGAUGAGGAGCCAUUGGUUUUACAUAAUCUGGAAUUCAUGGGCUUGUGGAUAGACAUACAAUCAGAUUUUGAAGUAGAAAUGGAAGGUUGCAUGAAUAGCUUUAUUUUUUUAUUUGUCAGAUUACCUUUGAGCUAAUUGUCUUGUUGCUGAUUCUCUCUAUUUCAAGAAAUUUUCUUACAUUAAUUUAAAAACUCUUAACAAUUUGGAGCCUCCAACCAAUUCAUUAAUCAUUGGAAUUUGAGUUUUGUACCCUAAAAUAGUGGAACUUUAGUUUCUGUUUAACCAACUUCACAGAAUUGUAGGAUGAAAAACCUUUUUUUUCUUCUGAUUUUGAUUAGUGAGGUUUAUUUAUUUA